GCCCCUUCGGGACGGACGACAGGACACGAGACGAACAAAAGGGUACCCUUUUCCAGAUCGAAAUCCAGACGGCCCAAUCCCGUUCUCCCGGAGUCGCUCGCCGGAGGAGCGAUGAAGAGGCGUUGCGACGGAUCCGACGGCGGGGGUCUCCAGAUCGCCGCCGAAGAGGCGAACAAGAAGCGGAAGAGCGAAAAGGGGGCGGAGGCGGAGAUGGCGGCGGUGGAACUGGGGGAGGACCUGGUGUUCGAGGUGCUGAAACGGGCGGACGCGAGGACGCUGGCGGCGGCGGCGUGCGUGAGCCGGCGGUGGCGGAUGAUGGCGGAGGAUGAGCGGCUUUGGGAGGCGGUGUGCGUCCGCCACUGGGCCAGCAUCGGGUGCGGCAACCAGCAGCUCCGGUCGGUGGUGCUCGCCCUGGGGGGGUUCCGCCGCCUCCACUCCGUCUACCUUCUCCCCCUGCUCAAGCCCUCCCUCCGCCGCCCUGCGGCCAUUCCCCCACUACACCUCCCAGCCACCGCCACCGCCGCCGCCGGUGGGGGGCUGCCGGCGCGGUGGGGGAAGGACGAGGUCCAACUUUCCCUCUCCCUCCUCUCCAUCGGCUACUUCGAGAAGAUGAACCCCAACUACAAGCGGGGCGGAGACGGGUCUUGACGAGGACCGCGGGCGAGCCACCGGAUCUCGUGGAUCUCGGUUUUAGACCCACCCUCUUUUUCCUUCUUCUUCUAAUUUCUAAUUUCGAUUUUUUUAUUUUUAUUUUUAUUUUUAUUCUCUGCCGUUGCUGUUGUGGUUUGCUCCAGAGGUGUGUGUUCUCUUUGUUUCUAAUUCUGUGUAAACUUUAUGGACCGUUGAAUCCAACUUCCCCCACGUUUUCUCUUUUA